CUCUUAAUGCGGACAUGUUUCUUGGAUUUGUGAAAUACGAAUAAGUGCAUGGUGCAGAGAUCUCUUGUAUCUCAUCCAGAAAUCUUCAUCAAAGGUAUUUAAUAGCGGGUGAUAUAUUGUAUAGAAUUGUGUUGCACUAUCUACUCAGAAGGUGAUAGCACCGGAAAUUGCAGCACAUGCAAGUGUAUUGUAGAAUUUUGAGCAGUCAUGUCAAAAGUUGGGUGGGUUCUUUUAAAAUACAUGAUUUCAUCCUGAAAUGAUUUUUUUCUUUUUUUGCAACAUUGGAGACUCUCUACAAUUGGAGUUGGGGUGGGGGUACUAUAUAUGCAGAUAUUAUCCUUUAUCUUUAUUACACUAUUUUCAGUAAAGCCGUGUGUAUUUUUAGUUGGUGUUCGUACAUUUGCUCGGAAUAAUUUGCACCUACUUUGUGAAUGGGACUGCUAUUGGUUUACGCUAAUUUUGAUUCGCACUUGUGUUUGUCCACUCAAUUUGUGUCCGGUUCAUGUUGAUACACUGCACAGAUGCAAACUUAAACAACUUCAAAUAAUUUAUAGCCAUCAUCUCAAAGUUAAAAAAGAAGAAAGAAUAAAAAAAGGAGCGGCAGUAUGCAAUUCCACUUGUCAAAUCCUUUGUAAAGUUUUCAAAGCUUUCUUAAUAUCCUACUUUGAAAAGCAUUUCACAUAGCAUGCACGAAUUCCCUACUUGAAAGUUCAAACUCCUUUUGAAAAUUUGCAGACUUAACCAGUUUGUUUGUCCCCCAUAAAAUUAUAUGUACAACUUGAAGAGGAAGACCAAAAGAAAGAAAGUAGCUUCAAAGAUUCUUGAAAUUUCGUAGUGAUAAUCAAUCAAAUAGCUUCAAGUUGUGUCUUCUGCCUGUCUGAUGAGUAGAUUGGGGAAGCAAAGAUUUGGAAUUAUACCUAAAGAUGAUGAUGAAUUUGGACAAGAGAGCAAUUAGUAAUUGUCAUCCUUGUACAAGUUCAAACAGUAAAUGGCCAUGGAUGAUGAAGUACCAGGAGCUGUGGGGACAAGUGCUAGUUUUGCUUUGAGACUGGGGCAAUCAAUCUUCUCUGCUGCUUCUCUUUUGUUCAUGUCCUUAGGAGUUGAGUUCCACAAUUAUACCGCCUUCUGCUUCUUAGUAACAAUCAUGGGUUUGGUCAUCCCCUGGAGCAUCACAUUGGCAUUGAUCGACAUAUACUCUCUUUUGAUCCAUUGCCCCAUUCGUCAGCCAGGAAUCUUCUUCUUCAUUGUUUUAGGAGAUUGGGCAUUAUCAUUCUUGACACUAGCAGCAGCUAGCUCAAUUGCUGGAAUAGUUGAUGUUUUGCACAGAGCAGAUGAAACAUUCUGUCCUGCUGAAUUAUGCUCUAGAUAUCAGAUAUCUGCUGGAUUAUCCUUCUUGUCAUGGUUCCUCUCCAUGGCUUCUUCUCUUUCCAAUCUUUGGUUGCUUCCUUCUCUCACUAGAUGAUACAUACAUACAUACAUACAUCAUCACUAUUCAACAAACAACAUUUUUCAACCAGUCAUCUUCUUAUACGGUUUUGUCUAUGUUGCUCAGACUCUUCAAAAUUGCAAUAAUUUUGACCUAUUGAAGAGUCCGAGCAACAUAAAUAGUUCGAUGUAUAUAGGAUCUAAAUAUUGAAGGAACUCUAUUUAUUUUUGUGGCAAA